AUGAGUUAUUAUAAUCGCUCCAGGACAACAGCAGCGGACCAAGAAGAAGUCGUUAAGCUUAUGGGUUGCCUCAAAGCUGAAUUGCAUUCCCUAUGGCUAACGCGGCCAGCCAUACUGAGAUGCGAUCCCGACCAAAUCCGCGACCGAUUUGCCACUGAGAUCGCAGAACUUCUGAUCAAUCAGGCCGCCAUAUCUACAGCAUCAUAUCAUGCAGAACAUGUGGACAUCGAUCGCAGUCUGGGUGAUCCCGUGUCGCUGACACCCGAAGCGGAAGAAGGGCUGCAUUGGAUGGAAAACCUUGUCGAAGCAAACCGAAAUGUCCGUGAGAAGCUCAGUCCCGGGCUUCUUCGCCCACUGUUCAUGUACGCCAUCGAGCACGAGGAUUCUGCCAACGCACAAUGGGCAAUUGAUUGUAUGAGGGAGAUCAAGGCUCCCAUAGCUCGAAGCGACUUCUUUUCAUCCUACGCACAGACUCUCGUUGAAGAACAGAGAAACAAGAAGAGACGGGUCACCACGCGAUGGUUCUGCUAUGAGAGAUACGGCGUCAGACCUCCAUUUCUGUAGCUAUCCAC